AUGAGUAUCCAAUACAGCACCAAAAGUAAAAUCACUGGCAAAGCUCCUGAGACCGCUCCCAUGUCACCAACAAGCAUAAUUAUUUCACAAAUGAAAACUAAUUUAUCUUUAAAAAGCAGAACAGCUGAACUCGAUUUCCAAAUAAAAUACAAAACUGAGAUGUGCAAAAACUGGGAAGCUGGCCAUUGUGAAUUUGGAGAAAAAUGUGCUUUUGCACAUGGCGACACAGAACUUAGAGAUAAGGCACAAAUAAGCCUUGCUUUAAAAACCAAAGAAUGUAAACUUUAUCAAGACAAAGGAUACUGUGUUUAUGGGAAUAAAUGCCAAUUUUCUCACAAAGAAAGCUCUCAAGAAACCGCCUCAAAUAGCCCAGAAAAUAGUGCAUUUUCUAGCAGGCGAAACUCAAGUGAGACAAUACACAAAGUCCCUUUAUUUAUUGAUUUGGAGAGCAGAUGGUGCUAA